CAGGAUGGGGCGCACCCCUACAUUCCAGGCACCCAGGGACCAGGCGCACCAACCCGGUGCAACCCGCUUCUAAGAGCGCACCCCCAAAUCCAGGUGCCACCAGUCAGGACGCCCCCACUUGCAGGAGCGCACCCCUACUAAGGCACGCAGGGACUGGGGUUCACCCCAUAUCCAUAUCCAGGGGCGCACCCGCCUCUCCAGGAGCGCAAGGACCGGGAGGUGCACCCCACUUCCAGGAGCGCUCAACCACCAACUGGAGCCACUCCUACAGCUCCCCCCCCCCCGUCCCACCCUGUGCACCUGGCUCUCCCUGGCCCCCACCCCGCCCCCAGUACACCCCCAGACCCCCCCCCAGGCUUGUGGGGCGGCACAGCAGCCAUUGGCGCGAGGCUCCCAGAGGCCAGCGCCCACACCAUGGGCUGAACCCCGCAGCGCUGGGGGAAGUCGGUGCGCAGGGUAGGACGCAUCUCCGGGCACCUACACGAGGGGACACACGUGCUGGACACGCCUUCCCUGGUUACUCUAGGAUCUUUGAAAGACCCAAGAGCAGCCAACCCAAAGCAGACAGAGGAAUCACAGAGGACAGAGAUGCUGAUUCCAAGACCGAGUCAAGACACAGCCAGAAAUCGAGAGGGAAGAGGGUGAUAGAGAAGGAGAGAGACACCCGCAGCCCUGCUUCACCACUCGCAAAGCUUUCCCCCUGCAGCUGUCUCAGGAUCCCAAUGGAUGGUGACUGAGUCUUCCUCCCAAAGGACAUGAUUCAGAUUGUCCCAGACCCCACAGCUCAUAUCAAGGAAGCCUUAUCGGUCGUGAGCGAGGACCAGUCUCUGUUCGAGUGUGCCUACGGCCCGCCUCACCUGACCAAGACGGACAUGACCGCGUCUCCCUCCGGAGACUAUGGACAGAACUCCAAGAUGAGCCCCCGGGUGCCCCAGCAAGACUGGCUGUCUCAGCCCCCGGCCAGGGUCACCAUCAAGAUGGAAUGCAACUCCAGUCAGGUGAAUGGCUCCAGGAACUCACCCAAUGAGUGCAGCGUGGUCAAAGGUGGGAAGAUGGUGAGCAGCCCUGAACCCGUGGGCAUGGGCUAUGGCGGGUACCUGGAGGAGAAACACAUGCCGCCCCCCAACAUGACCACCAGUGAGCGGAGGGUCAUCGUGCCUGCAGACCCUAUGCUGUGGAGCACGGACCACGUCCGGCAGUGGCUAGAGUGGGCCGUGAAGGAGUAUGGCCUCCCCGACGUGGACAUUCUGCUGUUCCAGAACAUCGACGGCAAGGAGCUGUGCAAGAUGACCAAAGACGACUUCCAGAGGAUCACCUCAGGCUACAAUGCUGACAUCCUCCUCUCCCAUCUGCACUACCUCAGAGAGACUCCUCUUCCACAUUUGACUUCCGAUGAUGUUGAUAAAGCCUUACAAAACUCUCCGCGGUUAAUGCAUGCUAGAAACACAGGGGGUACGGCUUUUAUUUUCCCCAAUACUUCAGUAUAUCCUGAAUCUACGCAAAGAAUUACAACUAGGCCAGAUUUACCUUAUGAGCCACCCAGGAGAUCAGCUUGGACGGGCCAUGGCCAUCCUGCCUCCCAGUCAAAAGCUGCUCAACCGUCUCCAUCUACAGUCCCUAAAACAGAAGACCAGCGUCCUCAGCUAGAUCCUUACCAGAUCCUUGGACCCACCAGCAGCCGCCUUGCAAACCCAGGCAGCGGGCAGAUCCAGCUGUGGCAGUUCCUCCUGGAGCUCCUGUCCGACAGCUCCAACUCCAACUGCAUCACCUGGGAGGGGACCAAUGGUGAGUUCAAGAUGACAGACCCCGACGAGGUAGCCCGGCGCUGGGGGGAGCGGAAGAGCAAACCUAACAUGAACUACGACAAGCUCAGCCGAGCCCUCCGUUACUACUAUGACAAGAACAUCAUGACCAAGGUCCACGGCAAGCGCUAUGCCUACAAGUUCGACUUCCACGGCAUUGCCCAAGCCCUGCAGCCCCACCCGCCUGAGUCCUCGCUCUACAAGUACCCCUCGGACCUGCCCUACAUGGGCUCCUACCAUGCCCACCCCCAGAAGAUGAACUUCGUGGCUCCCCACCCCCCAGCGCUCCCAGUCACCUCCUCCAGUUUCUUUGCAGCUCCCAACCCCUACUGGAAUUCCCCCACUGGAGGCAUCUAUCCCAACAGCCGCCUCCCAGCCAGCCACAUGCCCUCCCAUCUGGGGACUUACUACUAAUGUCCCUGGAGAGGCCUUUCCCAAUGACCAACUGUCACCAAGUCACUUGCCAGAAACUCUAUUGAAGAACAGGAAUCAAAAACUAAGUGCCUCAGGAGGAAGGGGACAGCUUGGUGGGGAGGGGAAACUGAGGGAGGAAGCCAGGGCAGAGACGCAAAGACUCUUAGUGGGAGGGGAUUGCCAAAGUCGCAGUACAGUCGGACAGAGGACGCGCAAGAUGUAACAUAUACACAGGGACAUAGCGUCGGUGGACCAACCCCAUCAAAGACAUUGUAAGUAGAAGCAUGAAGUCCUUAAGUUCAAAGUGCCAAAGAAAGCGGUCUAGAGAUGUGUCCAGGGGACCUUAGCAUAAGAGUUUUGGGAUGUUGGGAAUAAAACUCAGGAUCCAACCAAAGCAAUAGAGAUCACACCAUCUGGACCAAACAUCCCUUGGAAGACGCUAUAUAUACAUAUAUAUAUAUAUAUAUAUAUAUAUAUAUAUAUAUAUAUAUAUAUAUGUUUUUUUUUCUCAAAGGAAAUCUACCUGUAUUUAAAAAAUAGAGACAAAUCAGAGACAUGAAAAGAGACAGUGACGGUAAUCCCAUCACCCCUAGAGGUUGACAGGGAACUCACUUGUGGGCACUUGCGUACUGUUUUGGGGGUGACAGCGGAUUCAUUCCAUUGAAUGGGGAGUGGAGUCACUCUCUCUAACUGUGAAGAGGACCCAGAGUUGCCAACACCGUGACAGUAUUCCAGAAAUCAUGAGCUAACUAAACGUGGGUCUGGGGACAUAUGUGGAGAGUGAGUGUGUGAAGUGACAGAGGGUUGGGGGAGGUGGAGCAGGAGAAGAAGAGAAUGACAGAAGAAGGGCAAAGGAAAAAAAGCUUCUGGAGUGUAAAGACUGGACUGGGGAUGGCGGUAGGAUGACGGCGAAUGAGUGGAGAGGAUUUGGGGUUGCCUGUGGUCAGUAUUAUACCCAGCCCAAUGUGCCAAAGAAGUGAUCAGAGGGACCAGGGGAGGAUGGGGAAGGCAGGGGACUCCAGAACCCACAUGUGCAUCUCUUUCUGUUGUUAUUUUUCCAAAGAACACACAUUAACUGGAAUUGCCUGAUAUUUAAAAGAAACAUUCAGGACCCCACCCAUUGUUUUGUGAGAGGCUGUGUUCUAUGCAGAACAGGUGACAGUCCACCUCCCGGGGUCCCAUCACCUCGGCCUCUGCACCUCAUGGCCUCUAGUUUUCCCUUUUUGAGUCACAAAUGCUGUGCGUUUGUCAGAGUGAAAUCUACAAUCCCAUGUGUCCCCCCUUCCUUUUUUAUAUAAUAAUUAUAUAACUUAUGCAUUUAUACACUACGAGUUGAUCUCGGCCAGCCAAAGAAAACACGACCUAAAAGAAAUAAAAUAAAAGACAAUCAACCAUCAAAUGUGGCCUUGAAUUUUAACUCUGUAUGCUUACUGUUUACAAUACGAAGUUAUUAGUUCUUAGGAUGCAGAAUGUAUGUAAUAAAAGAAGCUUGGCCUCGCAUGGCAAAUACGAACCUGA